UCCCUUCUCAAAUUUCUGAUCCAUUUUGUGAUAAGAAACUAGCAUGGGGACCUGCGUCUCAGACAUUCCAAGGUUACGGAGGAAUGAACAAAAAUACAAAAAGUAAUAUCCCAGGAUCAGAGAGAAGAAGGAAGCAACAGACAAGGAGGAGGAAGAAGGAAAAGAAAGAAAUUCAUUAUCACUAUCUAACACACACGGAGAAGGGGUUUGGAGUUUGGUUAUGAUGAUGGACAGAGAGAGGGAGAGAGAGAUGGAGCUGGAGAGUGCAAUGUACUCUAACUGUUUGUUGUUAGGUCUUGAUCCGGCAAUAAUCGGAAUCGGAUGCUCCGGUGGCAUCCCUCGAGUUGGGCUCUUCCGCCAUUCCAACCCCAAAUUGGGUGAACAGCUCCUCUACUUCAUUCUUUCCUCCCUUAGAGGCCCUAUUCUAUCCGCCAGAGAUUUCGAUAAGGUUUGGCCAAUUUUUGAUUCGGCGCAAUCACGUGAUUUUCGUAAGGUUGUUCAAGGGAUUAUUAGUGAGUUCGAGUCUCAGGGUGCACUCCCGCGGAGCAAUUCAAGGGUUUCUUCACUUGCUACGUGUUGUGGACCUAGGUUUGUUGAACUUCUAUGGCAACUUUCAUUGCAUGCUUUGCAGGAGGUUCAUAAACAAACAUUUGCAGCUGAUGUUGCAUCUAACCCGCUGCCUGCACCAUUGACUGAUGUAGCGUUUUCACAUGCAGCUACGCUACUUCCUGUGACAAAGGCAAGAAUAGCCCUUGAAAGAAGGAAGUUUCUCAAAAAUGCAGAAAUGGCCGUACAACAGCAGGCAGUGUGGUCAAAUUUGGCUCAUGAAAUGACUGCUGAAUUUCGUGCCCUAUGUGCUGAAGAGGCUUAUUUGCAACUAGAGCUGGAGAAACUACAUGACUUGAGGAAUAAAGUGAAGUUAGAAGGAGAACUAUGGGAAGAACUUGUAUCCACCUCCAGUCAAAAUUCCCAUUUAGUUUCAAAGGCAACUCACCUAUGGGAGUCUUUAUUAGCUCAUAGAAAUCAACAUGAAGUUCUUGCAUCUGGUCCUCUUGAGGACUUGAUAGCUCAUCGUGAACAUAGGUAUCGAAUCUCUGGCUCCUCUUUGCUUGCAGCAAUGGGCCAGAGCUCUGAUGCUCCUAUUAUGAAUGUAAUAUAUGGUCAGCCCGGCGAUUUUCCUACUGUGCAUAUUGAUGACAGUGAGGAGAGUGAUGGAUCAUAUCUUAGCAAAGAGACAUCGACAAGACUGGCUGAUAAAAUUGGUAAAUUUCAUCAAGAAGUUGAUGUAGCAGAGGUUAUAUGGCGCUGGACACAUGCUUUGCAACUUAUUCAUAAACAAUCACUUCAUUUGGCAAAAGCAAAUGAUGGAGAGGGUCCUGAUAUACUGCAAAGUACACUAGAACGUGGCUCAAAUGACCAUGCAGAGUCGUUAGCUGCAACUCUUGCUGAACAUCAGCAACAUUUGGCUAGCUUUCAGGUGCUUAUUAACCAACUCAAGGAAGUUACUCCAGCAAUACAAAACUCCAUAUCAGAGUGUACAAAUAAGGUGAACAACAUCGCAGCCAAUCUACCUCCAAUGAACAGAUUUCAUGGCCGGUCAACAUCACCUAUUAAAGCACAGAAUAUUGGGAGGAUGGUAAUUAUUCAUGAUUUAUUUUCCUUGACGGACUAUGGCAUUGAUGAUGUUGAUGAGGUGACUUCGAGAAUAUCCAAUGUUCAGAUUGACAAGGUGUGUGCUAGUCCUCCCACUUUAAAGCUUCCUCAAUUAAUAAGCUUGAUCCCUUCUUCUGGGAAAGCUGGAAGCUUGUUGAGGCGGCAGGGUACAGUUCCUCAAGUCAGUCAAACUGAGAAUCUUAUUGAUAGGAAAUCCUUGGUUCCUCCUUCAAGUGCUCAAGUAGAGAGUUUACCAGAAGGUUUGCCUGACGUUUUUCAUUAUAUUGAAGGUAGUGAUAUUUCCUAUGUCCAGAAUUUGAAGAGGUCAGUGAGAGAAACUGCACUGCUAUUGCGGGCAUGCAAUUCAGUAUCUUCACGAGACAGUCAUUCUGAUGGAAGUUCUGGGCACUUCUUUGCUUGUCUUUCAGAAACUGAACUUUCUCAUUUAGAUGCAGAAAGGACAGUUUCAUCGAGAAGUAAAAUGUCAUUUGCAUCUGAAAUGGACGAUUCUCUGCUUGAAAGUCAUGCUUCUAAUUAUCUUGAGAAGAGCAAGUCAGAUGAAUUUUCAGAUAUGUUUAACGAUUUGGAUAGACCUUCUGAUUAUGACAAUGUAAAUGGGAUUCUCUCAUAUACCGGCUCAAAUGCAUCUUCUGAUGCACAAUGGUCAGCCUAUGACUUAGAGGAUGCUCAGGGUCAAGUCUUCUCACCACCUCUGCUAACGGAAUCAUCGCUUUUAGCAGAUUCAUUUGAGGACUUGCUAGCUCCCCUCUCGGAGACUGAAACAGCCAGGAUGUGGGGCACUGAUUCUUUGUAGUUUGGGUGACUCUGAAUGAGGAGAUUGCAUCAAUACGUGACUGUAGUGGUAGGUUACUAUUCAUGCCUUUGGUGGGAUUCAGUGGGCCGCCUGAAAAUGUUUGAAAUGUAUACUCUUUUCGUUAAAAAAUGUAAGGUAUUUUUAACCGAAUUUUACCUCUCAAUAAAGUUAUCUACUUUUCAAUUAA